AUGCAGCUACAAACAAGAGGGCAUACUUUUUUAAAGACCGAGCUGAAUAAAGAUACCCAUGCUAGCAGAAAUGCAGAUAAUGAAUUGGUGUUGAAUAUUCAGGAAAUUUAUAAAAACAAAACCGAGAAUGAUAAUAAUAGAGUAAUGACACAGCCAUAUAUGGCCAAGUUAUGGAACAACUUAGGCUCAUCAGGAUCAAACAAAAUGAUUGACCCCCAAAAUGCAUGUAUUUCCUUAAAGUUGCAAAUUAACGUAAAAAAUACGGAUCCAGGAAGAAACAAAAACUAUUGCAUACAUUUUGAUAUUAACCCGUCUGGAAUUAUGUCUAAAAACAAACAAAAAAUAUUUUAUCAGUAUAAGCCGAUUACUGAAAAAAAUGACGAUUCUUUUGAAAAAUUACCAAAGGAAGAGAAAGUGAAACAUUUCGCAAAGCAAACAUCACAGCUGGCCGGAAAAAUAAUCCAACAUAAACAAUCCAAAUAUAAAUUAUUGAAGGUACUUCAGUCAGCUAUAUAUGGAACUGUAUAUUUGUCUGAAAUAAUUGAAGAUACUAAUAAAAAGUUGAUCAAUACGAAAAAGGCAAUAAAAGUAUUAUCAAAGCAUCUUAUAGAAUUGGCUAAGGAAAAAAUACAAGAAGAUCCAUUGUCUGAGUACUAUUAUAGAGAUAGCAUGAGUGGGCAUAGUAACGUAUUAAUAUGUGAUAGCAUUUUUGAUGAUGAUAUAUAUAUAUACAUGGUUAUGCCUUUUGCUAUGCAUGGUGAUUUAUUUGAAGUUAUGAAAAAUAGGAAUAAAGCAUUUUCAGAAGAAGAAGCGCGAUACUUAUUUUAUCAGAUUUUAUUAGCUAUAAAAUUUUUGCAUUCGAAAGAAAUGGCAUUAAGAGACAUAUCAUUAGAAAAUGUGCUUUUAUUUGAAAAUGAAACAAAUGGGCUUAUUUAUCCUGUUUUGAAUGAUCCUGGGCAAGCUCUUCAUUUUAAUGUUAAUAACAAAAAUGAUGUAGUAUUAGAAAAAUAUACAAAAACAUUUGGGAAAAUAUUUAGGCCGCCUGAAAUACAUGCAAAAUGUAAAUAUGAUCCAACAAAAAUUGAUGUAUUUUGUGUAGGGUAUAUAUUAUAUUUUUGUCUAACAAAACAGGAAUUGUUUAGAACAUCUACAGAAAAAGAUAUGUAUUGGAAAAUGAUAGUACAUAAAAAAUAUAGGGAAUUGCUGACUGAUAAAAAUGGAAUUCAUUUAUCUAAUGAUGCAAUCGAUUUAAUUUUUCAUUGUUUAGAUCCAAACUUUCAAACGAGAUAUAGUAUUAAUCAGGUUCUAAGCCAUAUGUGGUUUAAACGUAAUAUGUAUCCGGUUCAUAAUUUUAGUUUAUAUUUGAAUAAUGAUAAAAUAUCGGAACAAAAUGAGAAGAAGCCUGUAUUUAAAUUUUCAAUAGAGAUCCAUCAAUAUGCCAAAAAAAAUAAUGUGAAAAUAGACCAAAACUCAAUCAUGGAAUUUUUUAUUUAUGAGCAUGUAUAUAUAAAGCCUGGUUAUAGAAAUUCGAUUCAAAAUAAAUGCAAUAAUACGCUCUUGACCUCUUGUGGUGCCUUCUACCCAAACACAGUUCCUUUUGUAUAUGGAAAUAAAUGUGUUUUGCCUGUAAAUGUUAUACCUAUGAUUCAAUGUAAUGCUGUACAUCCUAGUAAUAAGAAUAGCACUUGCUUGAUGCCUGUACAUCAUACAAGAAAUAUUAAUGCUCAUAGCUUAUCUAAUGAUACUGGAAAAUUUGUCAUGAAAAUGAAUCAAAGUUUCAUUGCACAUACAUUCCAAGAAAAGAACAUAAGAAACAAUAUGAAUAACUGUGAAAAGGCUCAGUUGAUUAUAGACAGUUUUCGAACCAAAGUAUCUUCCAUUAAUAAGAGAUAUGGCAAUAAUGAAAAGAAUUUGAACAACCAAUAUAUAUCCACACAUCGAAAUGAUAGUAGAAACAUUUGUACUAGAAAAACUGGAUUAUGUAGAAAAUAUAUAAUCUUUGAUAAUCAACUUAAGAUAGGAAAGAAAAAUUUUCUACAUAUAAAAAAUAAUUUAAUAAAACCGAAAGAAUUAAUAAAAAAAUACAGUAAUCUUAGUGAAAAAUCAAAAAUAAAGAUAUUAAAUGGUCACAAAAGAAAUAUUUACAGAUUAAUAGAGCUUAAAAAAAAAGGAAACAAAAAUGUUUCCCCUCUAGAAAAACGUAGAAUUUGUUCAGAAAAAAUAAAGGAAGGUAGUAACACUAUUAUCAGUUCGAUUACUAAUUUGUCUAAUAGAAAUAGAUCAGUUGAAGAUGGAAAUGUUACAGAGGAGAUUUUCGAAAAGCGUGAACAUAACGAGGAAGAUGUAUUAAUCACUCCAAUAGUAGAAUCAAUGAAUAAAGAAAGUGAAGUUGUAGCAAAAGAAACAGAAGUAAAAGACAAAAGCUCGAAUGAAAAUACCAUAACAACGAUACCCCAAAACAAUGAUAAUGAAAUCGGUUUAUUAAAAUGCGAUGAAAAUGUUGCCCCAUGUAGUAAGCAAGCAUGUUCGGAGCCAAAUGAAACACAAUGUAAUAAUUUAUUGAAUAUGGACAAAAUUAUUACUGAAGAUGAUAACAAAGAUAGCAUAGUAGGAUUACGUGAUGAUACACAUUCUGAAAAAGUAGAUAACGAAAAAAGGGAUGCUAGUUUGAUAGUCACAGAAAAUAGCUAUUGUUAUAAUAUAAAAAUGGAAAAUUCGAAAAGCUUCACAGAUAGCAAAAAUAAAGCACAGAAUAAUGACAAUAGUUGUAAUUAUGUUAGCAAUAGUAUUAGUGGACGCAGUAGCAGUAAUAAUUUAUGUAGUAUCCGUAGUAGUGUGAACAAAAAUAACUGUGAGGAUAGACGCCGCUUCAAUAGCAAUAUUAUCGAGGGAAGAAGCUUCCAAAACUUUGAUUGGGUCACAUUUUCAUGUGUCGAAAACAAUUCAAAUAAUACGGCUAAAAAAAUUUAUAGCAAUCGAAUUGUUUCGCAUACAAGCGUAUUAGAAAAUGACGACAAUUUGGAAACGGGCAAUGGCUAUAACAGUGAUGAAUAUAAAUACAUAAAAAAAAUAUUCGAAAAUGAGGAAUAUAUAAAUGUUAAUAGUUUGGCGUCCUUUUAUGAAAAAAAUAAUUCCAUUAAGCAAACAAAUAAAAGAGAUAAAAGAAAUAAAAGAAAUAAAGAAAAAGUAGAUGCAGUAGUUUGUGAUAAAAAUAAAAAAUGCUUUGAUGGUAAUAUAUUUUCACUUAUAGAAUUAAGCAAUCCCAAUCGUAGAAAAAUUAAUAAUGCUGAAAAUGUUAGGAAAAAUGAAAUGAAAUCUAAAAAUAUAUGCAAUUCGACAAGUGGUAGUAAAAAUAAUUCUUCAGAGAGCCUACAAAUUAAAGUGUUGAAUAAUAAUAAAAAGAUUCUGAAUAAAGUAGAUAUUACAAGAAUGUCUGAGGAAUGUAUUAAUCAUAUAUUAGUACGGGAUAAUGAAAAAAGAGAAUAUAUAGAAGUUGAAGAAGAAGGAAUAGAAAAUUAUAAUACCCACAAGUUUAUGGAUCAAAUACAUUGCAAAUUAGAGACCGAAUUAGAGAAAGAAAUAAAAUGGGAAGAAAAUAAUCUCAAAUAUGAGAGUAUAAACAAUUUAGAUAGUAGUUUUCCCAUUUUAGCAAACCGAAACAAAAAAGAUGUAGAAAAAAGUAAUACUUCAUUAAAAAGAGAAGUAAGUAUGUCUAUUUAUCAGUUAGAAAACAAAGAAAUGGUAUAUAUUAAUAAUGAAAAAAAUGAAGAUCCUGAACAAAGAAUUGUUGUAAAUAAUUUAGUAGACUCAGAAUAUAAAGCUAAAAUAUGUAUAGAGCAAAAAGCGAUAGCAAAAGUUGGUGAUAUAUUUUAUAGUGAAGAUAAGAAGAAAAAAGGAAUGACAAAAAUUGACGAAGUCGUCAAGAAAAAUCCCCAAAAUAUAUCGAAGAUGUCUGGAAUAAAGAAAAUCAAUAUGAAUGUUGAAAAGGAAAAAAGUAAAAAUACGAAUACUGAAAAGGAUAAAAGUAAAAAUACGAAGCUAGCCAAAUACAUGUUUGAUAAUAAGAUGAAGAAAAAUAAAACGGUUUUGGUAAAUAAUAAAAUUCAAGCUAAAGUGGCAAAUCAAAAUAUGGCUAUUACAAUCGAUGCAAUAAAAGGUAAAAAUGGACAAAAUAAGAAAGAUAAUGAACAUGAACAAAAAAGUAAAAACAAUGUCGGGCCUAUUUUUAAUGCACGAAAUUAUUCCAAUAAAAAGGGUGCCGGAAAAAAUAAAACUAAAGGUAAUUAUGUACCAGAAAAAAAAACACACAAAUUUAAAAGACAUGUAUCAGUAGAAUUUGAUAGAAAAUAUGUAUGUAUAGAAAAAUCGAAUAAAUAUAUUGGGGAAUUAGAGAAAGAUAAUAAUAAUGAAAUAUAUAAAAGCAUUGGGAUUAAAAACUCUAAAAAAGGGAAUAUGAAAAAUGAGGAUCAAAAUAAUAAUGCUUCUCUCAUUACAAGUUUUAGAAAAACUAUAGGAGCAGUAUUAGUCAACGGAAAAGAUGGCAAACAUUAUAAUGUUCUUAGAAAAAAUAAAAAUGUAAGUGCCGAUUUACAAGGAGAGGUAUUAAAAAAUAAACAAAGUGGAAAAACAGAAUCAAAUAAAACACAUGAAUUAACAAAUAUCAAGAGUACUGAAGAUAGUUGUAGAAAUAGUAGGAACUUUAAAAAUAAAAAAAACUCAAGUAAAGAUAAAAAGGUAAAAUGUACAAGUGGGGAAUUUGAAAAGAUACAGAUAACAAAGCAAGACAACGACAUAUUUAAAACAGAUGUAGAAACCUCCAAUGAAAUGAAAAAGAAUCAUAAACUUUUAGUAAAUAAGAUUAAAAAGAAUAACCAGAAAAAUGGAUUGUGUAAAAAUAGCAUGCCCCAAAAAAACACAUCAUCUAAAUAUUGGGAUAAAGAUUAUAGAAAAAAUCUCAAACUCAAAAAACCGGAAAAUUUGAAAAAACAAAUUGCUGACAAUUCAUCCAAAACAUUUGCUAAAAUUAUAUUUCCCAAGGAAGAGAAGCAAAAAGAGGAUGCAAACAUAUUUCGAGCAAAUGAACAUGACAAAAAGAUUAAGGCCUUUAGUACAUCUUUACAGUUUGAUGAUAAACUGGGAAAUAAAUAUGAAAGCGAAAAAAAAAAUGGAAAUAGUAAUGCACAAAAUGUUGGAAAUAAAAAGUUGAAGAAAAAAAUAUUUGAAAAAUGUGUACAGGAAAGACAAGCUAACCAAAAUAAAGGAAAACAAGUCUAUCCAUUCCUUAAAAAACAAAACGGAAAAAAUAGCCAAACAAGUGGUGAAAAUAAUAAAAAAUGUAUCGACGAAAAAUGCAACAAAAGUUUAAGCUCUCUAGAAGAAAGAAAACUAUGUAUUCAAUACUUAAAUAAAAAUUUAAAAAACAAAAUAAAAAAAAUGAAUAAAAAAAAUGCUUUAAAUGAUGGAAAGGCAGAUUAUCGAACGGGAAAAAGUGAAAAGAAUGAAAAGAAUGAAAAACAGAGUAAGGAUAAAAAAAUGGUGACUAUUGAUGAAACGGAUAAAGGAAAUCGAAACUAUCGAAUGGGGAAAAGAGAAAACAAGCAAGGAUGUAUCAUCUCUAAUAAGCAUAGCAAUAGGAAUAGUAAAAUAAGUAGGGAUUAUGAUAUCGAAGAUAUUUUGAGAGAUAAAAAUUGUUUAAAUAUGAAUGAGGUUUAUGAAAAUGAUGACAUUGGAUAUUAUUAUUCCCAUUUCGAGCAAAUAUUUAAAAAUAAAAAUGAGGAGGAAAUAAAAAGAAGAAAAAUAGAAAAGGAAAGAAAAAAUGAAUCUCUAGCCCAUUGUAAUGAUAUAAAAGAGUUAGACAAAAAUAAAAAGAAAACAAGUGCAGUAAAAUUUGUAGAUAAACAAAAUGGGGACCCUUAUCGAUGCAUUUCCGGUGGUACAGAAAGUAAAUAUGUCGAUAAAAACUUUUUGGAAUUUUCUAAAAUUAUUAAAAUGGAUGAAGAAGAAAAUAUAUGUAAAUUUAUUCCAAAAAUUAGACAGGGUCAUAAUAAUAAUAUAAGUUGUAGUGCUUCAUAUUUAGAAAGAUUUGUGAGAAGUUAUGGAGCUAAAUAUGCUGGUAAAAAUUAUAAAAAUAAUGAGGAUACCAUAAAAUAUGAUUAUGAUUCUAUUUAUAAUUUGGAAAGAAGAAAAAAAGAAUCCAAACAAUGGGAAAACGAGAAUAUAACAUCUUCCUAUAAAAAGCUAAAUGAAGAAACAAGCAUUCAUCUUGCAAAUAAUAAAAGAGAAAAUACUUUCACAUCUAAUCAAAAUAAUAAUGAGCAAAGAAAUAUUUUUUCUUUAUACUCAAGUAAAUGGAAACACUUUUUUGAAAGACAUAACAUAAGACAACGGGACGAAGAAAGGGAAUUUGAAAGUGAAACAGGAAAUGAAGAGAUAACCAAUGAAGAGGUAGUCAAUGAAGAAAUAGCAAAAGAGCUAAAUAAUUUAGUUUUAGGACCAAAUGAGGAGGAUAGGAAUGUAGAGGAGCAGAUUUCACAGAUAGAAAAUGAUAACUUGAUAAGUGUAGCUAGCCAAGGUAGCGAAAUAGAGGAAGUUAGAGAAACUAGCCAAUCUACAAAUAGGAAUAGAUCUGUAAAAAAAUGUAAUAGUAGAACAAAUGAAACAUGUUUAGUUGGGAAUACUAAUGAGGAUAUAAAAGUUGGAACAGAUGGAAUAUAUGCAGAAUCAACUUUAGGAGAUGAUUUAGAAAUUCCGAUACAAAAUUUACGAAAUAUACCAAAUAGAUCUGAAAUACUUCGAUCAUCUUUUUAUGAAAUAAAUGAUAAUGUACCCAGAGUAAGAAAUAGAAGGAAUAUAUCAAGAAGGUAUAUAUAUGAUGGUAGUGAUAAUUAUUCUAAAGUUUUAAAUGACCUGAUAAAUAUCAAUGAUGAUGUAUCUAUAAAUGGUGGUGCAUCUAUAAAUGAUGUUGGUUCCUUUACAGACGAUCCAUUUAAUUAUGAAACAUUUAAUGAUCAAACAAAUAACAAUAAUAAUGAAGAUCCAUCAGAUAAAAAUACAACGAUAGUUGAUUAUACACAUGAAGAAGAUUCUGUAGCAGAUGAUAAACGCUAUUAUUACAACGGGGUAACUAUAUUAUAA